AUGGCCCAGGUUUCUUCUGACAUGGACGAUGAGCCUCUUCCGGAUGAGCCAGCAGACGCAGACGCCUCUCUUAGGUCCCUGCUGUGUGACCGUGCCGCCAUUCGGGACUCCUUCUUGAGGGCGCUGGUGGAGGAGUACGCGUUUCAGGCUUUGUCGGAAGGGCUCUCGGUGAGAAGGCCGCGUUACACGGGUGGCGUCUCGGACGCACACGAAGGUAAUGAUUUGCUUUCUCUGACGUUUCCCAGGAAACUCUGGCGAAUCGUUGAAAGCGACCGAUUUAAAUCCAUUUGGUGGGAUGCCAGUGGAAGUUCGAUCGUGAUUAACGAGGACCUCUUCAAGAAAGAAGUGUUGGAAAGGAAGCCCCCCUUGAACAUAUUUGAGACGCAGAGCAUGAGAAGUUUCGUCCGGCAGCUGAAUCUCUAUGGGUUCAGCAAAAUGGGCAAGGACUUUCAACGGUCCGCUUCCCUGGCUGACUUCCUGGCGGAAGAAAAAGAGGCCGCAGCGUUAAACAAGCUACAGUUCUACCGCAAUCCUUAUUUUAAACGAGGCUGCCCCCAACUGUUGAUGAGAAUGAAGAGACGAGUGGGCACGAAAACUGCUUCUCCAACCCCGGCUUCCUUAGUUCAAGAUUGCAACAAGCAGCCCUCUGGCUCCGGGAUGGAUGCAGAGAGCCGGAAGGAUGCUAAGAACCAGAAGGAUGCGGAUAACCAGAGGGAUGCAGAGAACCAAGCUGAAAGCAGAAGAGACACUUUGGCUUCAACUUCUACAGACGUUCAUGCGUCUCACAGCAAGGAGCCUUCGACUAGCACGGCCAUUGGGAACACCGUUGCCCCCAUCGGAAGUCGUUUCUCUCUCCCAUCCUUAACUUUGCUCAGCUUAUCUGGACCACAUGCCAUUUUGAAUCAGCAGACCCCUCCUUAUGUGCGCUCCCCUGGCAGCCACACGCAGGCAAACGGCCACAUUGUCAAUCUUGUUACAACACCAACUUCUCCUCCUCAAUACAUCUCUCCCCCACACAGCUCUUCUUUCGGACCGAUGGCAGAACCUUCUACUUGCCCAAACGCCGGGCUCCCUGAUUAUUCCACCAAUGAGGCUCCUCCUCCACCCAAGCUCUUAGUACCCGGAAAGAAAUGGAUUCUAGUCCCGGUGAAGGCGGAUACAGCUGCCAGCUUUCCACCCUGGUUAACUCAAGAACACUCUUCAAUUCAACACCCACAUUGCGAUUGA